UGGUCAGGCCUCUAUGUCGCAAUCGCAGGUGCAACGUUAAUCUUCUGGAUGGGAGUUGAAACCACCCUAGCUUACGCAACUCAAAAGCUAUCACAGAGAGUUCGCCAGAUGGGAUUCCAGACAAUCAUGAUACAGGACAUGGCUUUCUUCGAUGAACCUGCGAACACAACUAAUGCACUUUCGAACGUACUCUCGAACAGCACGGAUGAUCUUGCUGGUAUGGGCGGACCUGUUAUGGGAGGCAUUUUCACAUUCAUAUUAACCAUUCUUGGCGGUAUCAUCCUCUCUCUGGUGGUAUGUUGGAAGCUAGCGCUCCUGUGUACAGCGACGAUACCAAUAGUGGUAGCCUGCGGUUGGUUGCGCCUUCAGAUACUGAAUGCCUUUGAUACCAAGGUCAGACAAAGUGGAAUUGAUUCCGCUGCAUAUGCUGGUGAGCUCAUCGGCUCAGUUCGCACAGUCGCCAGUCUUGGAUUGGAAGAGUACUCUAUGCGACAAUAUGACAGCAUUCUUGCUCAGCGGUCGGCAAAGUCGCUGCAAUCGAUCCUCUCGGCCUCCAGCCUCUAUGCUGCGUCCCAGUCUGUGGUCUACCUUUGUGCAGCAUUGGUAUUCUGGUAUGGUGGUCAGCUCAUUGCGGAUCGCGAAUACUCGACAUUCCAGGUCUACGUAUGUUUUGUCAGUCUUAUUUCAGGGUCGCAAAUCGCUGGUUCCAUCUUUACCUUUGCUCCAGAUGCAAGUAAGGCUAUGCAUGCGAGUCAAGAACUGGACAAGGUAAUGCAAGCGAAACCCAAGAUCAAUCACGCUUUUGGGAAUGCAGAAGCAGAAACGGAGAAACACGACAUACAAGCUCAACACCCAAAAGGCUGCAGGAUCGAAUUCGAAGAUGUCACAUUCUCUUACCCGUCCAGACCGGACAGGUUAGCUUUGAACAACUUCAGCAUUAUCGUAGAGCCAGGUCAGACUCUUGCACUGAUAGGCCAGACUGGCAGCGGCAAAAGCACAUGUGUUUCGCUACUCGAACGCUUCUACGAGCCUGAUUUGGGUCGUGUCCUUGUCGAUCGGCACGAUAUCACUGAACUUGAUGUGAAUGCAUACCGUCAAACCAUCUCUCUUGUCAGCCAAGAAAGCAUCAUGUUUUCUGGUACCAUACGAGAAAACAUCGCUGUUGGUCAGGUCGAGCGCGAAGUCAGCGACCCUGAGAUUAUGGAAGCUUGUCGACAAGCCAGCAUUAUUAACUUUGUGCAAUCUCUUCCAGAAGGACUAUCGACGCUGGUUGGCACGAGCGGUAAUAUGCUUAGCGGUGGUCAAAAGCAGCGCAUUGCUAUCGCACGUGCUUUCUUAAGGAAGCCGAAGAUAUUGCUGCUUGACGAGGCUACCUCGGCGCUGGAUACAGAGUCCGAGGCCAUCGUUCAAGCAGCAAUGGACACGAUCAGGAGGGGACGCACCACGAUCAUGGUGGCGCAUCGCCUAAGUACCAUCAGGAAUGGCGAAAUCAUUUGUGUGAUGGAAAACGGAAUGCUCAUAGAAUCUGGCAGUCACCAUGAGCUCAUGUCGCUGCGUGGGAAGUAUUGGGAGAUGGUGGGCAUGCAGAAACUCCAUUGA